CGCAUUCGGCCACAGGAAGCGACAACAUGCAGACACCGACGCUCGCCCUGUUGAUCGUGACGGCUGCGCUCGCCGCCGCGGCAGCCGCCGACGACCGCUACGCCAAGUACGACCACGUGGACGUGGAGCGCAUGCUGCGCAACCAGCGCUUCGUCAACGCCGCCAUCAAGUGCCUGCUGGAGGAGGGGCCCUGCACGCCUGAGAUCAGGGACCUCAAAAAGAUGCUGCCGGACGCGCUGAAGUCGGACUGCUCCAAAUGCUCCGCGAAGCAGAAGGAGAACGUGCGCAAGGUGGUGGACUUCAUGAUGAAGCAGCGGACGGCCGAUUGGGCGCGACUGUCGCGGAAGUACGACCCGGAGGGGCUGCACCAGAAGCGCAUCGAGGCCAAGCUGGAGGAGCAGCGGCUGCAGCAGCAGCAGCGCCAGCAGCAGUGAGCAGACAUCUGCUGGAGUCCGCAGCCCUCGCGUGCUCUGGGCGACCCACGUGCAGACGGCGUAGUGUGGACUCGGUGUGCGACACAAAUUCCACCAGCGGAAAGAAGUUUCAGUGCCGCGCGACCAACACAUCGAACCGUCGGACGCUGUUUGCAUACUAGAUUGGAUUUUACCUCCUUCCACAUCACACCACUUACAUGUCAAGGGGGUGCUGCCCUAGCCAGCCUACCCGACGUGUUCAGUAAAGCUACUGGACAAAUAUACGGGCUGGCUAGCCUGGACGCGAUUGUGUUCGCCACUGUCAGCCUUCACAACUCCACACGCAAGAAGCGAUUAUUAACUUGUGCUGACCUACCAGGAUUCGCCGAUUUCCGUUUAUUAAACGGUUGUCAGUGAGAUCGCUUAUUUAGCAUAUUAAUAACAUGAGCAUCCAUCAGCUGUCAGAGUGGCUACGCGUACCACUGCAAAUAAAACAACGGCAAAUUUCAAGUCUCCAAUUGACAUUCUUCUUUAGUAAAUUUAUAUUUUCAGUACAAUAUUAUGUAAAUUUUUCUGUCUUUUGUAAAUUUGUUUAAAUACAUGUAAAUUAUAAAAACUG